GGGAGGAAGAAGAGGGCUGCGGCCGCAGGUGACGCCGAGGCGGCGGGAGGUGCAGCGAGCGGAGCUCGGCGUCAGCACUUUGGGGCACUUCUUCCGCUCCUCUCUCUGCGUUGGAUGGCGGCGGGAUGGAGCGCGGCGAGGGGAGCGGCGGCAGCGGGGGCUCGGCCGGGCUCCUGCAGCAGAUCCUCAGCCUGAAGGUGGUACCGCGGGUGGGCAACGGGACCCUGUGCCCCAACUCCACCUCCCUCUGCUCCUUCCCAGAGAUGUGGUAUGGUGUGUUCCUGUGGGCACUGGUGUCUUCUCUCUUCUUUCAUGUCCCUGCUGGAUUACUGGCCCUCUUCACACUCAGACAUCACAAAUAUGGUAGGUUCAUGUCUGUAAGCAUCCUGUUGAUGGGCAUCGUGGGACCAAUUACUGCUGGAAUCUUGACAAGUGCGGCCAUUGCCGGGGUGUACCGUGCCGCCGGGAAGGAGAUGAUACCAUUUGAAGCCCUUACCCUGGGCACCGGACAGACCUUCUGUGUGGUGGUGGUCUCUUUUCUACGGAUUUUAGCUACUCUAUAGCAUAUGCCCUUUCUGGUAUGAGGUCGAAGCUCUAUGUCAUCCUCAGAAGGAAUACAAUGGAGUAGUAUUUUCUUAGCUCUCCAAAUGGAAGCAACGUGGAUGAAUAGGAAUAUGAACCUAUCUCAGCCCCUUCUUCAAUUUGAGCUUCAGCCAUCGAAGGUCGCUGUGGACUCCUGUCAUUCUCAACCGAGACAGAACGAGCUGCUUCUUUCUGUAGAGAUUUAAUUGAAGAACGUUUGCAUCAUGCACACCUUGACCCAAGCCAAGCCAUCAACGCUUCUGGAUUGUAUCCCUUGCCACUUGAAUUGUCAAUAUUCUGUGAGGAAAGCAGGGCCUGUCCCCCCUUUGAGCAGCUGUGGAAACUACUGGCUCAUGCCAAGUGUGAGUACACUGUACUGAAAUCUCAGUUGGUCUAAACUUGAUUAAAAUCUGAAAACUCCUUUUGCUACAGCUUCAUGAUGAUAAUGCCAAGUUUUAGUUGCGUGUAGCUGGUGAGAACAAAAUUUAGUGAACUAUAAUGGGAACAAAGUUGAAUCACUCAAGGAAGUGGCUUUGGUCCCACUGAGAAUGUGACACUUUAUGGAAAACUGUCUUAACCUCUGGUUACUUAAUAUAUUUUAAGAGAUGUGAACCAAUUGUUUUGUACAUUUGGCUAAAAUAAGCCAGUUAAGUGAGCUGGUGUUUUUGGUUUUGUUUUGACAGAAGGUCUCACUGUGUAGCCCAGGCCAGCCUGGAACUCACUAUGUUGCCCAGACUGGCCUUAACCUCACAGUCUUCCUGCCUCAGCCCCCUAAGUGCUAGGAUCACGGAGAUGCACGUUUUAUUUCUUAAAGAGAUGAGCUCUCACUGUGUGGGCCAG